AUGGGCGCAUUCUCUCGUGGCUUCAUCUGUGUGCGCAUUAUAGAUGACACAGAGGAAGUAGUCAAGUUCUAUCAAGACUGUCACGAUGCAUCUUCAUCAACCGAUUCAGAAGUCGUAUUGGAUGAAGAGCCGACAUUAAAUGCGAUAGACACGACCCUGUGUUCUUCAGGCAACGUGCGUUUCCCACUUAGUCUCAUCUCACAUGACACUAUCCAGACGGACACCACUCUCGACAGGACUCCUGAUAACGAGGCCACCAAUGAAAGCGUCCUGUCAAACCCUCAAACAGGGACUGUAUCAGCGGUGCAGUUCGCGGUUAGCCCUGCCUCAUAUGUUUUACCAUUCUCGUUGGGCCAGGCUGUCUCCCGGAACGUGUCACCACUACCGGAGCCCUCGAAACCCGUGACAGACGUAGAGUGUGCUCGCUUGGUGUCGUUGUAUCUAAGUGAGACUGGAACUUGGUGCGAGACCACCGAUUCAGAGAGGCAUUUUACCUCGAAAAGCAUUUAUCAGAUGCUAGAUUCAAAGCCCUUCCUCGCAUCAGCUAUUGCCCUAGCGUCUCGGCAGCGCGAUGCUGUCCAGGAUCAGCGGCGAUCGGUGACUCUGGAGCUCUAUCAGUACACCAUUCAGCUCUUACUCCGUCAAGACCCAGAUAAAGCAGGCGCCCCGGUGUUGGCGACUUGCACUCUUCUUUGCGUCUAUGAGAUGAUGGCGUCAUGUGUAUGGGAAUGGCGGCGUCACUUGAAGGGUUGCGCCAGUCUAUUACACAAUCGGAAAUGGAAUGGCUCAUGCAGUGGUAUCGUUAAAUCCAGUUUCUGGGCCUUUGCCCGUAUUGAUGUCUGGGCUGCAUAUAUUAGCGGCAAAACAACUCUCAUCCCUACCGACUCUUGGCUUGAUGAGAGGUCUAUCCCGGUAGUAGCUGCAAAAGGCAAUGUUGAUGACUAUUGCAAUCUCGCGAUACUUAUAUUUGCUCAAAUUGUGAACCUGUUGGCAGACGCCAGGCUUCAUGAAAAGGAUGGUAAUCCUGUCCACUAUGCAGCUGUUGAAAAGCUGUGGGACGCACUACAAGAGUGGCGACGCUUGCGGCCUAAAGAAGUUUGUCCUCUGCUUAGAGAAACCUCGAAGGGGUCGAAUCCGUUUCCCACUGUGGUAUUAUCCUGGCCAUCCGCUAAUUGUGGAAAUACUUUCUAUCAUGCCGGCUGUAUCUUACUUCUACAAACUGGCUGCCUCGGAGCGAAGGGUAAUGCAUUAGGCGUUGAAUGGGAGCCUAUUUGGCAUGCUCGAGAACUAGGCGGAAUCUCAGUUUCGAAUAUUUCCCAUUCGAACUGGGUAAAUCAACUACAACCCCUCUACAUCGCCGGUACUGUCUUUGCGGACCGGAUGGGGAUCUGUUUCCGCGACGCACCAAGACAGACGCUGUGGGCCGGUGCCCCUUCCAGAUUACCAGUGACCCAGCACAUACCUCCAAUGGAGAUGGAUGACAUAGAUGAAUAUAGCUCAGAGAAAAUCGCGCUUCUGAGACAACUGGCUCGGAUCGAGCGUGAGACUGGUUGGAAAACCUCGGACCGGGCGUUGGACCUGAGGAGACUUUGGGGAUUUGCGUAA